AUGAAGGAGGGACCCAGAAAUGUCCAGAGAUCAACUUACAGUAGUGGCGGCAGCGGCGGCAGUAGCAAGUGCGACAUCAGAUUGAACGCCAUCAAGUGCAAUUGGAACAACCCGUCCUGCCGGCGCCUGGAUGUCUUCACCAGCGGCGGCAUCUCCAGCUGCCUCAGCUGCGGCUCCAUCCAACUAGACAGCGAGACAUCGCCUUCGGAGGACGCAGAUACCGACAACGGUACUGUCUAUCAGCCGCUGGUGUCUACGACGGAUAUCCGGCUACUCACCUUAUUGCCAGGGAACUUUGACGACCGGAUCAAGCGCCACCUAUCCUUCAGCAGCACGGCCAGCAUGAUCGAUUACGAGGCCAUCUCGUACACGUGGGCGAGCAAUGUCGGCGAGAUAGAGUGGACAGAGUGUAUCACCCUCGACCGGCGGGAGUUUCUCGUGACGCCGAAGUGCAUGAUGGCACUGCGGCUUGUCAGAAGCCGAGGUGCUGAGAAAGCCAUCUGGAUGGAUGCCGUCUGCAUGAACCAGAAGGACGCCGAGGAAAGGGGCCACCAAGUGCGACUGAUGCCGCGGAUCUUCUCCCGGGCACAGCAUGUUCUCAUCUACGUGGGAGAACCGGCACCGGAGGAAGAGAGGCUUCUCCAGAUACUGCAUGGCGACCCUAUUUCUACCAUGCCCUUGCAACCACUGCAGGUGGCAUUGGAAACCUUUUUGCAACGGCCGUACUUUUCGAGGGCUUGGGUCCUCCAGGAAGUUGCGCUGGCUAAGAUGGCAACGCUGUUGCCGUCGGUUCUGCAGUUCCGCCCGCCAUCGUAUCGUGAUUCGAGCGACCUCCUUCACCUCCUUGAUCUGGCACGUCAUGGUCGCGCAACGGAUCCCAGAGACAAGCUCUUCGCCGUAUUCGGGCUUGUUUCCUGCGCCGACGCCGAUGGUGUUAUGGCGGACUACACCAGAACAACCGAGGAGGUAUACAUGCGGAUGGCGGGAUGGAUCGUUCAGAGGUUCGGGGUGCCCGCCAUGCUCGUGAGGGCUUCCCACCUUGGUCGAUUUAGCAAACCAGAAGGCAUGAGACACGACUUCCCCGAUCAUGGCUAG